AUGUCUCUUGAAAAAUAUAGUUUUAACAUAAUCCAGUUCUCAGCUGCCUUCUUCUCUAUUUCUAAUAAUCUUAUCACAACUUACCAAGAUUUGCUAACCUACUUCAGAUCCCUCCAAGACACAAUAGCAGUCAUUCAGAGUUCUUUGAUUCAGCUUAAAAAGAAAACAAAAGAAUAUACAAGUGGUGCUAGCU